UCUAAGGCUUGGUUUCGCUUUCCCCCCUUUCUACAGCGUUUAAUUUUGGCCUGUCUGAAUUUUGGGAAGACAAUAUCGUUUUGACAAUGAUGUUCACUUUCGCUGCCUUCUGCUACAUGCUCUCCUUGGUCCUCUGCGCUUCCUUGAUCUUCUUCGCCAUUUGGCACAUAACAGCCUUUGAUGAGCUGCAAUCAGAUUUCAAAGUCCCCAUUGACCAGGGCAAUCCACUACAUGCGCGUGAAAGGCUCCGGAAUAUAGAGAGAAUCUGUAGUCUCCUGAGAAAGCUGGUCCUCCCAGAGUUUGCCAUUCAUAGCCUUUUUUGCAUCAUGUUCCUUUGUGCUCAGGAGUGGCUGACAGUGGGACUCAAUAUCCCUCUCUUGUUCUACAAUACAUGGAGGUACUUCCAUAGUCCAACGGACACAAAAGAAGUUCUCUAUGACCCUGCCUCUGUCAUGAAUGGAGACACACUGAAGUUUUGCCAAAAAGAGGCAUGGUGCAAGAUGUCCUUCUUUGUGCUUUCCUUUUUCUACUAUCUAUACUGUAUGAUCUACUCUCUGGUCCCAUCAUAACAGAAAAUCACUCCCCACCAAAGGAACUUGACAUCAGGGAUUGUUUUCUGAAAUUCAAGUAUUGUACAAGCAAUGGAAAUACUACAUGGACAUGGACAACAUCCAUUUUUGUUGAUUGAUUGAUGAACUGGAAUCUUUAUAUUUUUCCAUCUAUUUUUGUUUUAAAAUGAAUGAACAAAUUCAUCGCAUGUCAACAAAUUAUUAUUAUUAUGUUAUGCUAUGUGACCGGAAAAGCAAUAUCUGGGCAUCUUUGAUUUGUUUGGGUAACAGUUAUAGUGACUACAUUGAUUAAUAUGUAGCAGGAACAUAAGAGUAACUCAGCAAGUAAUUAUUAAGUGUGAGCCUGUGAUGACAUUUGCAUUUGCUAACUCAAAAUUAAAUGAAGAGUAUAGUGAAAUGAUUGCAGACUAAUGCAGCAAGUAAUGCUUAUUUUAACAAACAUCUAGUAAACAAUCUAGGUCCACCUACAAAGUACUUUUGCAGACAAUCAAAAAAUAUGGAAAUACAGUGGGGAGGACAUGUAUUUGAUACCAUGCUAAAGUCGCCUAAAAAGGGGAAUAUAAAAUAAUCAGUUGACAUUUGAUCUUAAUGCCUUAAUUAAAAAAAAUGAGUAAAAAUCAAACCGCUAAGGACACCAAUUUUCUUUGUGAAAAAUGUAUCGUAAAUAGAUAAAUGUUCUUCUUUAAAUGCUACGGGGCAUAAGUAUUUGACCCCUGUUAAAUUCCCAUUGGAGCAGGAGGAUUUUUUAUGUUUUUAUUUUUAAAGGCCAGCUAUUUCAUGGAUCCAGGAUGUUAUGCAUCCUGAUAAAGUUCCCUUGGUCUUUGAAAUUAAAAUAGCCCCACAUCAUCACAUACCCUUCACCAUAGCUAGAGAUUGGCAUGGUGUUUUUUUCCAGUUGGCCUAUUAGCCUGUUUGAUUGGCAUUGAGCUCAAUAAGCAUAAGAUCAAUUGUCAAAUGAAAAGAGAUUUUAUAUCCCCUUUUUAGGCAACUUUAGCAUGGUAUCAAAUACAUGUCCUCCCAACUGUAUGUGUUGAAGGACGAGGUUAUUCUCGAUUGAUAAAUGAGGGCCAUUGCCUUUUUUUCUGAAGACCUUGAAUAUUUCAGGAAGACAAUUUACAACGACUGGCUGGAGUUCUUUGUGUCUCUGGCACAACAUAAUGAAUAUAGUCCCAGUAGCAACUUACAUGAAGAAAUCAGAGAGGCCUAAUUAUGUGUUGCUGGUGCUGCUAUCACUGUUGUUCACACAGAAAUAUUGGUUGUCUAGAGAACUACACAUUCACAUUGGCCAUGGCAUCUGUAAUGCUGACCAUUUGUGGAGAUAAUGAUCAGCUUGUUGAAACAAUGUAGAUGUGUCCCACUUGAAAUACGAAUGUUGCACUAACCCUAACCCAUGUCCAACAGUAGCCUAUAUGCAUGUGUGGAGUACAGGAGUGUGAAUGAAUGGCUUUUGUCCAUGACUAUUUUGUGCCAAAUCAUUUUUGAAUAAUUGUAGUCUGUGGUACUGUGGAGCCAUGGAUUUUUUUUUUUGUGAUUAUUAGUGUUUUGUGGAGUUUCAUGUUAGAACCCUGGCUUAAUUAUGGACAAUGUUUACUACAAUUUUUUAAGUACAAAUUUGCUUACUAUUUAUAAGUGUUGUAUUAAACAGUCUAUUCCCAGACAAAGAAUAACAGGUCUUCCAGUAUGCUAUGUUAUU